AAUAAUGAUGAGUUUUGAUGAAGCGGUUGUUGAAGUUUCGAACUUUUACACAGCGCAGACAAUUUCAAGCUAACACUUUGUAAUCUUAACACACGUGUGUAUAUCCAGUUUAUAUCCGUGUCAGCGGAUGUGCUCGGAACACCCCGACAUCUCCUUUUCCCCUCCUCACUAGAAGCCCACACGGACUGCUAAAUCACCACCUGCUGAUGCCUCAUAACAAUAAGACGGGGGGCCGGGGGGGUGAGUGGAGCUGAAGAACAGCCUGCAAAGGGUUUUAUAUUUAUAAUUAAUCAAGUUUGUUGACUAAAACAUGGAAAUAAACCAUCUCGUGCGAGUGAUGGAUCUGUUGUUGCUUUCAGCGUGUAGUAGCAGGCCCACGCUAAAAAGGAUGAAUGAGCUUAAGACAAAAGCACACGAGCAUGGAUUUAAAGGAUCAUUUUUGUUGCUGUUUGUAAUGUGCUGCUGUAUCUGUUUUGUUUUUUGUAAGGCAGACGGCAUCAUAAUUUUCCUUUUGAUUUGAUUGUGCACUUUUAACUGCUUUAAAUUCACAUCUCUAAUGAUUUAAGUGCUGAUAGUAAUACUGAUUAACUGUUGGUUUUUCUGUUGUGCACAGUGGCCCUUAAUUGUAGCCCUGGUGAUAUUUUUUAUAGCAACAAACAGUUUGUCCUCAUGAUGGGGUUUUUUUUGUUUCAUUUUGGGAUUUUGUUUUGUUUGAGUUUUUUUUGCUCUCUUUGUUUUUAAAUGUGUUGUUGUUGCUGGUGGAAGUUAAUUUUGUAAUGUGGAAUUUCAGCUAUAGCAUUUUACAAAAUGUUGUUUUUGGAUUCCUUAGAAACCAAAUGAGGUUGUUGUGGUCAUAUGAACAGUUGCUUGAUUCCGUGUUAGUUACAGCUGCCUUUAAUUUCCAAGGAAAUAGCAAAGACAACAGUUUAUUGCUCUGCUAUCAUAAUCCUUACGACACACCAUGAGCGAUCUGAUUAGAUUUGAUCAACUGUGCUUCCAAAGUGAAGAUGACUGUGAAGGUGAGAUGCUGUGUUUGAAGAUCAAAACCCAUUUGGAGGAGCUCUUCUCUGACAGCCACCUGGCAGAGGAUGGCUUCCUGCUCAAACAUGUGCAGAAGAACAAGCAGGGUUUCGUCAGUCUCAAGCUUCUCACUUCUUUGAAAAAGAUAAGGACCCUGACCAAAAACUGGUACAUGACUCUGGUGGGAGCAUUGUACUCAGACCUUCUGGAGGUGAAUGAUGAGUCCACCAAAGUGAGGCGCAUAGAGCCGCUUCCCAAAUGGCUGAUGUGUUCUCCCACCAGCAAGCACCUCCUCGCUUGGAACUUUUCCAAGGAGCAAAGCAGUGACGACGGUGCAGUCCGAGGCCCGGAGCCCGCUGCGCUCUCCGAGAAUGUGCUCCAAAAGUUCAGCAUUUACGGCAGAGUUACUUCAUUCCAGAUUGUGCCACCUGGAAGGGAGCUUCCCGCAGACAUGCAGUGCUACGGGAAACGUCACAAGGAGCUUGGCCAGCACUUAUGUGCGGUGAUCAAGUUUGACAGUUUAGAGACCGUUCGUAAGGCCUACAGUGCCCUGAAAGCAGAAGAGGAGAAGUCUAAUGGGAAGGGCAUGUGUGUUGUACCUAUGGGAUUCCAGUCAAUACAUCACUUCACUGAGGAUGAAUCCCCAGAAGAAGCAAGCCAAAUCCUUCCCGAGAAGGAGGAAAAUCCACCUGAAAUCCCAGAGAACUUAGUCCAGCAGGAGAAUUCUUCACCCACUGCGUUUUUUGACGAACCUCCAGAAACACAUCAGCCAAACGCGUCCACGGAUAACCCUGCACCGCAGAAUGUUGACCCGAUUUCCAGCAGCUGCAAUGGCCAGUCCUUCCCUGGUUGGAAUCAUAGUGACAGUAGGAUGACGUGGAACUCUGGAGACUGCGAUAAAGAAAUUUCCCAGAGCCCGUGGGUGCUCAAGCGUAAAUUAGCGGCCCUUGAAUUGAACCGCAAAGAGACCGGGCACCCGAACGCACCCAGCUCGAUUCAGAGGGUAAUACGUCAGCCCUUUGGCCCUGAUGGCACCACUGGUUUUCAGCUCAGAGUGAGGCACCGGGAACAGCUCGACCUCCCUUGGAAAAAGUGACAUUAACAGAUUUAUUUUAAAAAAAAAUGUUUGAAUUAAAAGCUGAGAAGCAAAAAUAUUUGCUUUGCAAUAAACAGCA